CAUCAGUGUCAUCGGGUGAUGACUGAUGUGUUUGCAGCUAGAGAAAUUUAAUACUAAUAGAAAUCGUUAAUAAUGGCAGAUCAGCUACUAAUUCACGAUGAUAUUAAACUAUAUACAACGUCUGAUAAGUUCUACCUGGAGCCCACCAUAAACCCUACAGAGAUACUUGUCAUCGACAGGGUAUCUGGGGAAGCAUCUGUCAAAGCUUAUGGCACCGUAAAAAUCCCCAUCCCAGAGAAUGCAUACAAACCUGUUUGCGGCUUCCUUGGCUCCAUCAAGCUCAUAUCCGGAUCAUAUCUGGUGGUUGCCAAAUAUAGAAUACUGAUCGGCAAACUAAACGGACACGACAUCUACCAGUUGGCCGGCACGGAUAUCAUUCCCUACGCGCGGUCAACCACCCACCUCACUAACAAACAGAUAGAAGACAACACCACAUACGAGCGUAUGGUCCGCGCGGCGCUAGACGCGCCAGGAAUGUAUUUCUCAUACGGAUAUGACAUCACACACACAUUGCAGCGGUUACACUCGGUCGCCGCGGAAUUCCAUUCGAUGUCAGUGGCGUCCCGCGCCGAUAGUCGGUUCCUGUGGAACGGGCACCUGCUGCGCGACUACUCGCAUUUACAGUUCGCCAGGUUCGCGCUGCCCGUCAUACAGGGCUUCGUGGCUAUAAACAAGGUGACGGUGAACGGGCACAGACUCACUUGGUCGGUGGUGUCGAGGCGCAGUGUGGCCCGCGCCGGCACCAGGCUCUUCAUGCGAGGGGUCGAUGCAGAGGGCAACGUAGCGAACUACGUAGAAACCGAGCAAAUAAUCGAGCGAGACGGCGAGAAGUCCUCCUUCGUCCAAACCCGUGGCUCCAUCCCAUUGUUCUGGUCACAGUACCCUAACAUAAAAUACAAGCCUGCUUGUACCCUGGCCCAUGAGGACCAUGUAGCGGCAUACACUAAACAUGUGAAAGAGCAACAGCAACUGUAUGGAAGUCAAGUUCUUAUUAAUUUGAUCGACCACUGCGGCAAAGAGGAGGCCCUCGAGCGUGGUUUCCGCUCCGCCGUCGCCGCGGCCGCGUUGCCCGGCGUUCGCUACGAACCUUUCGACUUCCACACGGAGUGCCGCGGCAUGCGCUACGACAGGCUGAAUGUACUCAUAGACCGGAUAGCGCACGAACAGACGGAGUUCGGGUACUUCAUGUCGCGCGGCGGCAGCGUCCUCUUGCGGCAGAGCGGCGUGUUCCGAACCAACUGCGUGGACUGUCUCGACCGUACUAACGUUGUGCAGAGUCUGCUAGCCAAGCGGCAGUUGGCGGGGGCGUUGAAGCUGCUCGCUGUGACCCCGCCGGACGAUUACCCGGAUCUCAAUGUGCUUUUUAACAACGUAUGGGCCGAUCACGCGGACAUGAUAUCCACGCAGUACUCCGGCACCGGAGCUCUGAAGACUGACUUCACUCGCACCGGCAAACGUACCAGAUUAGGCCUGCUGAGGGACGGUGUCAAUUCCCUCACGAGAUACUUCAAGAACAACUUCACUGAUGGGUUCCGACAGGACUCCACUGACUUGCUGCUGGGCAAGUACGUGGUGCGCGACGGAGAAGGCAACACAGCGCUCUGUCCUCUUCGAAGAGACAGAGACUGGAAGUACAUCACCUUCCCGUCGGUGCUGCUGGUGGCCAUGUCCAUGUUCAUGGCGAGCGUGGCGCUGCCCUCCAAGUACACCAGCGAGGUGUUGUUCAGCCUCAUGUUCUGGGGCGCGUGUAUGGGCGCCACCCUCGCCUAUAUAGUCAAGCACGGGAAGGAGUUCGUGGACUGGCCGCGCCUCGACUGCGGCGGUCUGGCGGCGCUCCGCUCGCGGCCGCAGUUAUGAUCCUAGAGCCGCCGUUCUCUGUGCUCGUAGUGUAGCCACCACACACACACACUCACACACCGAUCACAGCUCGUUCGACCCCGAGACUCCCGGUUACAGCUUGUGUGACUUCACCCGAGAGUCGCCUAGACAUCAAAACUUGCCAAGACAAAUACAAUUUUGAUUUGUCAAUAUAAAUAUUCAAAUUAGAAUGGAAUAGACCUUUUUAUAUGCUUCUGGGCAGCUAGAGGUUAAACCCACGAGUCCUGGACGCGAUGUCGAGCAGAAAAGUAUCUAAUCGGUUCCGAAACACACGAACGAAUGUAUACAUAUACGAAGUCCUACGUUCGAUAACUCAUUUCAUACAAAAUGUAUAAAUGCUAGGACUCGAGGUUUAAACCGGUGUCUAGAAUUUGAGAGUAUGCCACCGACUUACAGCUAGUUUGACUUUAUACCCACGAGUUCUGGGGACGUGAUGUAUCGGCACAGUUACCUUUAAAUCGGCAUCAAUUAGAUCCUAUUUUUGCAGUUUAGAAUUCAGAAGAGAGACGGCAGAACAUUUGCCUAAUAGAUAGCAUGUGGAUAGCAUCAAAUAGAUAGUUAUGGCCUAAGUAAACCGCAAACCGGUAACAAUUUAAUUCGUUUCUGGUUCUCGUAAGUACUAAAUAUUUACUUACCGAUUACAUUCCCUAGGCUAUUAGUCAAAUCGGAAAACAUCCUUUCUAUGAUAAUCAGGGUGUGUUUAGGGAUGGAUGUGUUUACGCAACCGGAAGAAAAUUGAAUACUAAUUAACCGGUAAAUUAGCGAUAUUUCUCAUGUAUGUUCUGGUGGAUUCAUUUAUGUUACGAUAAAUUUGGCCAUUUGAUCUUCACUAUCUAUUUCUUGCUGACUGUACCAAACUUAUCGUACUUAUGUACAAGUCAAAAACCCUUGGGACUUAGAGGUUUUUGACACUUCAAAGUGGGAGUCGAGGGGUUAAACCGGUAUCCGAAUCUUUACUCGGCUGAUGUACAACAGUUACCAUCGAAUAUUUGGCCGUUACUAUUUUUAAAGCUGACUGUACCAUUUUCGAUUUACAUAAAAGAAUAUUGUCAUUCUACAAAAAAGGUACCCUUUUUCUAACGAUACAUGUAUGGUCUGCCUGUGUAAAGUGUACCUACUAUUUUUAAUCGAAUUUUGCAUUUCAUUAAAAUAUUUUUCACACGUAUUAUUAUUUGCAUGGAAUUUUGUAUGUUAGAGAAAGAAUUAACUACUACAUAAUAAUGUUGAAAAUUUGCAUUUCACAAAUGUACGUGUAUUCCUUACUACGUGGCUAUUAUCAAAUACUGUUUUUACCAUAGAGACUGAACUAUAAUUCCAACUUAAGAAAAAAUAUGUCCAACUAUGUAUACUAUUGUAUUGCAAAUAUUCAACAUGUACAACCUUGUGCGUUUAAAAUCAAAUGUCACUUCUAUUUUGACUUUUAUACAAUCAUUCCUAAUACCUACAUUUGUAUAUCGCACUUACGCCUUACGUAUGUAAUUUAAAUGUUAUAGUUGAAUCAACCUUGUCACUAGAAAGUGUAGUCAGUGAAACUAUUAGCUUAGCACCCUUACCUACAAAUAUGCUAAUAGCUUUGCUGACUACAUGAGUUAACCAUUCCUGCCUCUUUCUAAAGGUGUCAUCCCAUUUCAAAGAAACCUAAAUUUGCAAUAAGUAAAUGCCCAUUUUCCAACGUUUUUAUAAGUAUUCGAAGAAACCUAAUCUAUUUCAGAGUUUUACUGCUAAAAUCUGUUUUUAUGUCUUGUAUACUAAAAUGGCAGUUUGAUUUGUCUACCCAACGUACCAAUCUGGUUUUGUAUGAGUUUUGCACUAAAUGACAGAUCUAUCUGAUCUAUUUUUUGGACGAAUUGGGGCAGUUGAACUGUCAUGUCAAAAAAGGUUGAAACCACGUAUUUGCUAUUUUCAUAUUGUACGAUUCCCACCGACCGGCUGGAGUCGGGCCGCGCCGGAGCGCAUUUUUAAUGUAUAGUUUGUCAAAGGACUGUCUCAUUUCAAACAUAGACAGAGAGAAUCAUACUAUCUUUGUUUUACACUAGUACUACCACCCAAAAGAAAAGGAUGAGUAUAGUUUUUUGUUCUUAUUUACUGACAAGAUUUGCUUGACCAACUACAGGUAACCUACCUAUACAUUAUGUACCUAUGGCAGACGCGAUAGGAGUCCGUCCGCUCGCGCUUGCGGCCGUACAUAUGUGAAAUGCGCUCCGACUCCACCCGUUCGAUAGGAAUCUUAUUUUCUGAUAUUUGUUAAUUUAGUUCACGUGCAUAUUAACCGAGAAUGUUAAUGCUAGUGAAGUGUUUAAUGUGGUGUUUAUUAGAAUAAUUGUUGGGAUCAAAGAUCAACGUGGUGUAUCUAUGGGUGGCUAACGGAAUGGAGACGGCGUUUUAUUACACUUUUGCGGGUGACAUUGCUGAUAAAAUACUGUAAAGAGAGAUGGUUUAAGAGCUUACACACACUAUCAAAUAUUUAAAAAUACUUUUAUUACUUUAGGCGAACAGGGAUCGUGCGCGUUGGAGGGUCUACCAUCUUGUGGCCUGAAUCUGAAACAUAAACUGUACAUUGACACUUCACGCCAAAGCAAGUGCUGCCCUCUACAGUUCAUGCACGUGCUCUAUACAACGUGCUUACGUGACUAUCUCUCUAUUACGGCAUGGAUAGCUAUAUCUCUCUAUCAAAAUGAUCAUGUACCAUUGCGCUCGGCGAUUGUUGAGCCAUUUAGGGUCCUAGCUAAACUGGUUUUUCAAUACUUGCGCUAUGGAAUGUCCAAUUUAGCUAGAACCCUAAAUGGCAUAACAAUAACGGAGCAUGACUACAUAAUAUUCAAUCUUUGGGAUGAAAAGAACAACUCGGAAUUGUUGUUAGUACCUAGGUAGGUACCUACUCAUGCCCACAGCACCAACAACGCCUAUACAGGGUGGCCAAAAAAUAUGUGCAAUCCCGUUGCCAGGGAGGUUUUGGGAUUAUACUGAGCAACUUUUACUAUGGGACCAACCACGAAAUCGCGAAAAAAAAUAUUCACCCUCCCAUAGAAAAUGGACCAGCCAAAAUGUAUGAAACAGCCAAAAUUUUUUUCGCGAUUUCGGGGUUGGUCCCAUAGUAUAAGUUGCUCAGUAUAAUCCCACAAUCUCCCUGGCAACGGGAAAGCACAUACUUUUUGGCCAACCACGGCAUACGCGCUUGCGCCUGUGUUUAUGGCGUGCGAGUGACAUGUUUUGCUUAUGCCGUAUAGCGUUGAAAGGAUUAAAUGCCAGUCUUCUGCCUGAUGAUGUUUAUAUUUUUUCUAGUAAUGACGCAAUUUAGAUAUUUUCAAACAAAGCACUCAGUUAACUUUUCUGUGUAAUUAUUUAUUCCUAUGAUAUUCUUUUUUUCAGCAAUGUUAUUCACAAAAGGUGUUUUGUAAUUUAUUAUUAAACUAUUUUUUUACGAACUUGUAUUAUUUAACUUAACGUAGUUUUGUAAUUCUAAGAUGUCUAAUUUUAUGGAAAGGAUAUAAAUAUAUAUCAUUAAAGUGUUUGAACCUUA